GUGAGGAUAAAAAUGACUAGUAAUAGCAGCAGAACGAAUGCCAAUUAUGUUUUAUUUUAAAUGAAUGCAGUUUCCAUUAUCCCAUAGCUGAGAAGAAGUGUCCAUUUUUGUUAAAAUGUAUUUUGGCAGGAUUUGGUAUUUGGGGGGUUUCAGAGUAAGAGCUGUGGAGUAUAUUGAUGCUGUUAUUGUGAAAGGACUUUUAACCGGAAGCGUUGGUUCUGCUAGCGCGAAAGCGGCUAGCGAUGGACCGGCGGCCAGAAGCAGCUUGGAGGCUACCAAGAGCAUGUGAUGACUACUGGAGUGAGUUCAAGCUCUGCAAAAGUUUUAAAAAUCGUUUCCACCACUACUAUGCCCACGGUACGGCUCCAACCUGCCAGCAGUGGCAAGAGGACUACGGUAACUGCAGGCAGUGGGAGAAACACAAGAGCACAGAAGCCAAGGAAGCACUACUGAAAAGUGAGAGGAAUCGGGUGACGGAGCAAAAAAACUUCACCCCAGUGUGGAAACUGAGGCAGGAGCCUCCUAAGGACUGGUACAUGCCCCUGAACCAGGAAAAGCCACAGGACUCUUGAAUUGUGGCCACCACCCUGCUUCACUCAGAGGAUACGCUAUUUAACUUCAAGGGCACAACAUCCAUUAGAGCCACGCCGGCUCACUGCCAUCCCAGGAUUUAGUCAGUUACUAUGUGUAAACUGAUAUGUUCAGCAUGCUCAGUAUAACGUGUUGGGAGCAUCUGGUGGACGGUGAAGAGUAUGACAUCUUUGCAACCAGUAAAUAACAGGAUUUUUCUGAAGCAAGUGUCAUAAAUUCUGCUGGAGAAACUGAAAUUCAAAGGCUGACUAAACUAACACUCAUUGAAAAUCAGUUUAGUUACUAUCUUUACCCAUUUACCCAUACAUACCCAUUUAAUAAGAGAUCUGUUAUGCUUUGUUUUCCUAUGGUUUUAAUUUUAAGAUGCUCUAGAAUACUUUAUACACUUUAUGUACAUGAAAAAAUAAAAUUGACUGAUGCAAGUCAGCAUCUUUCAUCCUUGUCAACUGGUAAAUAUGCUCUUCUUGAUGCUUUUGUUAUGCACCUUUGAAUUAAUACAUUCAAUGAAUUGAUCCUAAAUAAGAAUGUUGGAACAGUUCAGAACAGACAGAUUUUUUUUUAAUAAAAAUGUACAUUUUUAUUUUCAACUUCCUUUUUUCCCAUUUUAAAAAAAAAGUGUAAAUGAGGAAAAAACUCAAAGCUUCAUAAAUGUUUUCACAAGA